UCUUCGCCUCGUUGUUGAGCUCACCAAACGUGUCGAAGAACUGCUCCAUGUCUUUCUGCAGUGCCGAGUUGCACAGCUCGGCGGCAGCUCGCUCUCUUUCCGACUCGGUGAUCUUUGCUUGCACGACCUGGUACCAGUGACGCUGCCGGGACAGGUUGGUUUUCAAACGAACGACUUCCUCCUGCAGUUCCUUGUUUCGCUCCUCUAAGCUGAGAUGCAUUGGAAAGGAAGAUACCAUCAGCAUCAAACACGCAGCUCCAGAUGACCUCAUCACCUUUGACCUUGCCGCUCAUCCAACCUGGAGCUCGACUGAAUCAGAGGGUUCCUUUUCUCAUCAGGGUGAGAACAAGGUGUUUUCUGGCGACAAGGUCACAUGACAACCCACUCCGAAGCUGUGCAUCACUGGGAUCCGUGUAUGUGUGGUUACAAAGAGGAACUGGAAAAGCAGCGAUGGAGACGGGUGAUGAGGGUGAAAGUAACGUCAAGAAAAGCUGGAGGCAAAUUCUGAUGAUCACAUUGCUUCCUACCUUCUUCAGGCUUUGUGUUCACAGAACCACAGACGCUAUCGCUACGGAGAAGACCGUUUAUAAAGCCGACGACAUUCCCGACACGGGCCGUAAACAUCCGAGAAAGAAUCGUGGCGCAGCAUCGGAUGAGGCUACUGUGUCCCAGCGCCAAUGAGUUGAAUGAGCAGCGUCUCCGGGGUGAAAAAGUCAGCAGCGUCCGACAAGAGAGUGACAGCAGGACAGAAAAUGACGUUUAAGUCAAGACUUGAGAAGGAAAAGCACAAGAUUCACCAGUCAGGAUGCAGUAAAACCACAUGAGCACCUCGGAGGCAUCCAUUUCCACUCGCCAGGAAUGCCCCAGACUGUGUGCUCAGGCGCCAUGUUCACCACUCCCAGUGGCUUCAGCCCCCAUCUGGCCUGCGCUGAGCCUGGGGAGGAGGAGGAGGAGGAGUCCACGCAGGAGCGCCAGGGGCCCGCGGCUUGCCUGGCUGAUGGGCCCGCCAUCACCUCUGCCUCACUGGAAACCCUCAUCCAGAAUCUGGUGCCUACUGCUGACUACUACCCCGAGAAAGCCUAUGUGUUUACGUUCUUGCUGAGCGCCCGUCUGUUCAUCCCUCCUCCGGAGCUGCUGGCCCGCGUAUGCGAGCAGUGCAUCAAGCAGCAGCAGCUGGACCAGAGCCCACUGGAUACGGCAAAAGUGCGCAAAUUUGGUCCCAAGAUCCUGCAGCUGCUCACCGAGUGGACGGAGACGUUCCCGUCUGAUUUCAAAGAUGACAAGAUGGUCGGACUACUUAAAGACAUCAUUCAUAGGAUAGCUCCCUGUGAUGAGGCCUACUGGAAGACCUUAAACCAGGUGUUGCAGAAACUGAGCCAGAGGCUGGCCUUGAUGAGUCAGGGGGAGGAAAGCAUCGUGAAGAUCUCCCUCAACGCCUCCUCCAUCUCAGACAAGCUCGUGGCCUUCAAAACCAAGCCUCCGCCCAUUCAGAAGGACAUGCUCUCCAUUUGCAACGACCCUUACACUCUGGCACAGCAGCUUACUCACGUGGAACUGGAACAUUUGAGUCAUAUCGGACCAGAAGAGUUUGUCCAAGCUUUUGUACAGAAAGACCCGCUAGAUGGGACCCAGCAACCGUGCUUCAGCGAGCAGAAGAAGAAAACCUCCAACCUGGAGGCAUAUGUCAGAUGGUUCAACAGACUGUGUUACCUGGUUGCCACGGAGAUCUGCAUGCCUGCGAAGAAGAAGCAGAGAGCCCUGGUCAUCGAGUUCUUUAUCGAUGUGGCGAGAGAGUGUUUCAACAUCGGAAACUUCAACUCACUCAUGGCGAUCAUCUCUGGAAUGAACAUGAGUCCAGUGUCCAGACUGAAGAAAACUUGGGGCAAAGCCAAGACGGCCAAGUUCUUUAUUUUGGAGCAUCAAAUGGAUCCGACAGGAAACUUCUACAACUACAGAACCGCCCUGAGGGGCGCCGCUCAUCGCUCUCAGACGGCCAACAGCAACAGAGAAAAGAUUGUGAUUCCCUUCUUCAGCCUCCUCAUUAAAGACAUUUACUUCCUGAACGAAGGAUGCGCCAAUCGCUUGCCCAACGGCCACGUCAACUUUGAGAAAUUUGUGGAACUGGGAAGGCAGGUUGGGGAAUUCAUCACCUGGAAGCAGAUGGAGUGUCCCUUUGAGAAGGAUCAGGCCAUCCUACACUACCUCCACACUGCCCCCAUCUUCAGUGAGGAUGGACUCUACCUUGCAUCCUACGAGAGCGAGAGUCCAGAGAACCAGGUCGAGAAGGACAGGUGGAAAGCACUCAGGUCCAACAUUCUGGGAAAGACAUGAGACGCAGAGACGGCGCUGCUUUUCCCUGCGGCCAGCGAAGGGAGCGCACGUUCUCACAUUGCACUAUAAACGAACUGUGAAGGAACCGAGCUGGUACUUAGGUGUUUUUCUAUGAAGAAAAAAAAAUGAUGAACAGGAUUCAUCGAGAAGGAUGAGUGGGGGGGUGGGAAUGGGGGGGCUGGGGGGCGUGAUGUGAAAAAAAUAAUGAAGCUACUGAACAAAUUAUGACAUCAUAAUUCCAUGAUAAGGAUAUGCGUUUACUCUAUGAAGACAUGUUUACUACCAUGGAGAGUUCCAGUUACAGGGAAAACCACUUCAUAAUAUAUAUUUUUAUUUUUUUUUAUUUGCUUCUUCGCUCUCUCGAUUUCUUUUUGACCUUUCUUUACAUUGUCAUGAUGCGAAGGGCGCUGGCUAGCCCGUUAUUAGCUGUUUACUUUUAUUAUAGUUCUACUGAAGGAAUUACUGUAUGUGCUAUCUGUUGUUUUUAUUAUUAUUAUUAUUUAUUGUAUUUUAUUUUACAGGAUUUAGGGAAUAUGAGCUGUUGCAAAAAGUGUUUACUCCUUUUAAGAUGUAUAUCGUGCCAUGAAUGAAAGAGUACACUUUUAUUUAGCAACCAGGUAUCCCAAAUGUGUACAUUCACCCCUUCCUCCAUCUUGUCAUCUUUCUGCUCCUCAGGAAGUUCUCUCUUUUUUGACUGAUGUUCAGUUUUUAUUAUAUUUAUGGAGAUUUCUGUGUUGGCAGAUGUAUUGUUUUUGUGUGUGUGUUUUUUUUUUCUUUACUGGAUAUGAAGUGAUACAGCAUGUUAUAAAGGGUUAUUUCUUCAAGGGUCACAUUGUUAUUGGCUAUUUUUGCAAGAUGUGAAAUGGGAAAUUGUGCCAUAUUAUGAAUUUAUUGGUUGUCAUAAUAAGUCAGGUCCAUUUUAUUGUGAGGUGAUAGUUUUUUUUUCAUGCUUUCGGGGUUCUUUGAGGGUGACGUAUUUGGAAAAGUGUGCAAAACUGAUGUAAUUAGAAGCAUUUAUCAUUAUAAUAGCUUGAUGUCAGUAUUUUUUCUCCGAAGAAGCACCUUCUCCUAUUCAUCCAUUAUCUUUCCCUGUAACAAAUAAUGAAUAAAGCGGGAAGCCACAGAUAUAACAUCCGACACGCCAUGACCGUAUUUUCUUCACGUUAUCCGAUGACAAUCGCCUACAAAACAUCCAUUUGAUUCAUCUCAAUAAUGCUAUUUUAAGAAUCGGGUGCGCUCCGUGUUCAAAAUGAAACCUUUAUGAUCCCAGCAUCAUUGCAAAAUAUGUGUUCCUAAAAACCUUUAAUAAAAGUAAGCCAUGCUUAGUUGUUUUGUCUUUAUUCA